UAAGAUAAAUAUUUGUUAAACAUUGUUUUAAUAAAUAUAAUCAAUAUUAAUUAAUAGAUAUUUUAAAGAUUAAAAACAAACUUAAAUAAAUUUUAUUUAAGAAUUUACUCAUUAAGAUAAAAGACUAUUUUUAAUAUAUUUUCCUAUUGACUAUGUUAAUAUUCGAUGUAAGAUAAAACAAUUUAUUUUUAUCGGAAUUUAUAUAAAAUCCUCUAAUAUAAUAUUGAUUAGAUAAUAUUUUCAACUUUCAACUAAACCUAACAUAUUCCAUUAUUUAAAUAGAUUUCACUUUUUCACUCGAACAUAUUACUAAGAGAUACUUAGAAAAUGUUUGUUUCUUUGUCUAAAAAAAAUAUUUUAUUUUUUUCUUACUUUUUUAGGAAGAAUAUCUCUCUAUCAAUUAACAACAUGAAUUUUUUGUUUUCUAUUUGAUAAUUCGUUUUUUGACAAGAUUAUUAAUAAUUUUCGUCACUUUUUUCUUUAAAUAAAUUCUUUAUUUAAGAAAUCUAUUCAGUUGGAUUGUUUUUUUUCUUUCGAAGAAUAUGUCAAAUAUGAGUAAUUAAUUUUUUUUAAAAUUAUUUUAUAGAAAAACUAACAUACACAAAUAGAUGAGCAUUUAUCGAUAUGUUGAAAUUUUCAUAAAUAAAUGAAUUUUUAGACAAUAACAAUAUAGAUUGACAAUUAACAGAGAAUUUUUCCUUGUUAAAUUAACUAUUUUAAAGAGUUUUUUGUUAAAUACUUUCCUUCAAUGUAAUGAUAGAUUAAUUAAAAUUUGAGCAUAGUUUUUCUGUCACAGUUCUAAUAUAUCUUGAAAAUUUCGUCUUAUUGAAAUUUACCUAAGCCAAUAAGAAUUCUUGAGAGCAGAGAAUUUUAACAUUAUUAUAAAGAAUAAAAUUGUUAAUAUGAAAAUAAAAUAUUUACUCUAGACAAAGUUAUUUUAUAUUAUUUUUACUAAAAAGAAUUUUAGUUUCAUUAAUUAGAUUUCGAGUCGAAAUCUAACAUAGGACUCUAAUCUCUAAUAAUUAUUAAAAAUAUUUAUUGACGAAAUUUUCUACUUGAAAUUCUUUAUCUUAAAUGAAGGAAAAUGAAAUCCGAUAGUUAAAUAUGUUAAUUCAUUAGAUGAAAAAGAAAAUUGUUUUAAUUUGAAUUUCGAAUCAUAAUAAUGUUUCAUUUUUAACAUAAAAUUUUUCAUUGUUUUUAAUUAUUUAUUGAUAAAAUAAAUUUAUUAUUAUCAUUUCUAAUGUAACAAUUAGUUUUUGUAAUAGACUCUUUUGUUUAAAUAAAAAUUUAAAUUUUCGUAAAAAAAUCUAAGUUUAGAGAUAGUUAUUGAUUAAAUAAUGAAUAAUUAAAUGAUAUAGAAAAGUAGAAUAAAUUGAUUUUAUAUUAAAAUAAUAUAAAUUUAGAAAGAAAAAAAAGUCUACUUAAUAUAAAUAUAAAUUUAGAUUGAUCAUGAUUCUCAAGAAAAAAUUUGGAUAUGUCCAUCUUGUAAUAGACCAGAUAAUGGACAAGAAGCAAUGAUAGCAUGUGAUUUAUGUGAUGAUUGGUAUCAUUGGGAAUGUGUUGGAAUUGUUGAAGAACCUCCUGAAUCAAUUCCAUGGUUUUGUCCUAAAUGUCAUCGAUCGAAUUCUUCAACAGCAUCAGCACAAGGAAUAAAACCAUCAGCAUCAAGUAAAGCAAAACGAAAACGAGCUUCAGCUCUUUAUCAACAAAAACAACAACAACAACCACAAUAUACCCAACAACAAUUUACAUUAAUCUAG